AAUCAGAGGAGUGCUUGAUUAGAGACACCGGUUUCAUUCCUAAUGUGAUUAGCUCUCCCUUGGCAGGCUCCAGGGCUCCCUCAGGAACUGAUGACACCAACCGGCUGCCUCUGCAAAAGCACUAGUUAAGUGCUCUUGGCAGCAUGAAGUAGCCUGAUGCUUUGCCUUACAUGUCUAGUGGGUACCUGAUACACUCGAGCAUUCAGGGUCAGGUGCCGCAGGGACAGGACAGAGCUGGGCAAGGGUUAGGUUCAGCACUGGAGUGCUCCAUACCGCAUCAGGUCCCUUACCUUUCCCGCCCCGACCUGGCCACAGUGAUCCAUGCGACGGUCACCUCCAGGCUAGACUACUGUAAUUCGCUCUACGCAGGGCUGCCCUUGAAGCUGUCCCAGAAACUCCAGCGGGUGCAGAAUGCUGCAGCGAGGCUCCUCACGGGGUCUUUGCCAUGGGAGCAUAUUCACCCAGUGCUUUUCCAGCUGCACUGGCUCCCGGUGGAGUACAGGGUCAGAUUUAAGGGCUUAGGAAGGAGAAGAAUAGAGGGAAGCCUUCCCAACACCAAGAACUUAAUUGACUGGGUUCCCUUGAAGGAGGAGUUAAGACGUGAGAGACCCCUCAUCUCAAGCUACCAGUAUGACUUCCACUCCAGAGAAAAGGUCCCCCAGGUGUUAGUUCAUCACUCCCACAGGCAAGGGCAGCCCCUGCAACGCACACCCAGCACCACCUACCAGCACACUUACCGGAGCUACUCUUUGUACGAACCCAUCCUCAGGACAUUCAAGCGUGAGGUGGUGAAAGAUGCUGAGCCCACCAAGCCUGUCUCCAGUGAGCCCACCGCCCCUGUCUCCAGUGAGCCCGCCACCGUUCCAGGCUCGUGUGAGCCCACCGCAACAGAUACCAGCAAGACCCCAGAAGCCUUUGCUCCAGGACCCAUUUAUGUGCGCCCUGGCACCCACAGGCCAACCCGGUGGACUGUCUCAGACUGUUUGCACUGGCACAAUUGCUGAUCACACGUGGGAGUUUCUCCGUUAUCUGCAAGAACAGUUAAAUGCUCCUUUGUACAAGGUGAAAUAUGGGAAAAAAUAAAAUAAAAUCUUGCUGGACUGUGACACAAGCGG